GUUUUCUUUAUGACACCCAUGUCGCGUCCAUGACUUCCCCUAACCAGACAAAACGUCCUGUCCUCCGUGUGCAAAUAAACCAGAUUGAUUAUUCGCUGGAAGCACCAGGUCCUUUUGACAACUCAAAUCUUCCGAAAGUGCCCGUUCUCCGUAUUUAUGGGCCUUCGUCGACCGGAAAAAAGACGUGUCUGCAUAUCCACCAAGUGUAUCCUUAUUUUUUCAUAGAGUAUACAGGUAAUUUUAGUGCUCGGCAGGUCAGACAAUACGCCGCCAAAUUGACACAUUCAUUAAAUCACGCAAUUGCUAUCUCCUUCAAACGUUCCCCCCAGUCCAGGUCACAAUACAUUCGCGCGAUAAUUCUAGUGAAGGGAGUCCACUUUUAUGGCUUUCACUCUUCCUAUGCGCCGUUUCUCAAAGUCUACGUCAUGGACCCAGGUCUUGUCAGUCGCAUCGUGACUUUGCUGCAGUCCGGAAGCAUUAUGAGCACCCGAUUCAGCGUCUACGAAAGUCACCUCAGCUACCCCCUUCAGUUCCUUUCUGAUUUCGGACUUUACGGAUGCGGUUGGAUCGAUCUUGAAAAAGUGUAUCAGCGUGGCGUAGACGAAGAUGAAGAAGACAUGACCUUCGGACGCUCAACUUCAUUUCGCCAAUCACGCUCGCCACUAGAAGUUGAUGCUCAGGCCUAUCAUAUAUUGAACAGACACGCUCUUGCUGCGCGCAACCUUCAUCAUGAACUGAAGAUUCCUGCACCCCCAACUCCUAAUGAGCCACUUGUCCUUGGUGUUAGAGAACUCUGGGAUGAUGAAAGAAGGCGCCGGGCUGCACGGGGCCUGCCACCUUCACCCGAACUUCCUGUUGAUCUCAGCAGUUCGUCCAGGGGCUCUGGCGGUGAAUGGGUUGCUGAGGACCAGGUGGAAGGUUGGGAAAAAUGGGCGAUGACAACGUUUCAGAGUGUCGAAGCCCUGUGGGAAGACUCUUAUAAGGUUUGGAAACCUGAGGGAGCAACCAGCAGACAUGAUGAACGCCAGCUGUCUAAUUCAGAGGCCAAUGGGCUGCCAGACGAUAGCACAGACGACGUUGAUGUCGACAUGGCAAUGCUUUCAAGCCAAGAGAUGACAAAAAAUCAUGGGACUAAAAUGCUAGACCAAGAGCAGAACGACGCCGAAGAUGACGACGAAUACAAUUAUGACGAACCCCUUGACGAAAAUCGUUCUGUAAAUCGAGAUGAACCCAAGAAUCAAGACGAUGAGGACCCGUUUAAGGGAUCCCCAAUGGACACUGAACCAGAGUAUACCAAUUUAACACUCACGCCAAGCCCUUCAAGUUCGGGAUCCUCCACUCCCCCCGAGAGACUGUCUCCGUCACCGAGUCUCUUAAGAGGAAAAUCUCAAACGAAGAAUGGAAUCGUCACUCACUCGCAGUCUCAUAAUGAAUCUGCUUCAAGCUCACCUAUGAAGAGAACCUUCACAUAUAAUUCACAGCAUACCUUGAAAUACGCACCCAACGCAAACGGCUUUGAGUACGCCCGUCAACCGCCAUCUACAUCCGACCUUCUAGGAAGUCUUCAGGCACACAACCUUCCCAGCAAGAUCUACCGUGACCCUUAUUAUUCCAAAGAAAUUGAUGCUCCUGAGCGACCUCGAGAAUACGCGGGAUUGGUAUAUCAUCUGAAGGGCGGCGAAGGCAUAAAAAACCUCCCAGCCUGGGAACCUAUCAGACCUGUGAAUAAUCUUGUCGAAGCAGGUGACAUACAAGGUUGGGAAUACGCAGGACACCCGCCCAGUGUGAUCUCAGUCAAAGCCUGGUUGAAAUCUGACGAAGGGAAAAUACUGACCGGCGGACAGGAUGUUCGGCAACGAUCUCAAAUCGAAGGCCCUACCCAGGCAAACGUCUACAACAUCAAGACUACUCCAGUAGACACAGGCUCCGUUUCUCGUGAAAGACCUGACAUGUCAGUCUUUUCAUUAGAAGUAUUUGCACCAUCACGAGCUGGUAGACUGUCCGACCCGGAUGAAGAUGCAUUGGCAGCAGUCUUCUACUCGUUUCAAGAGACGGAAGAAAAGGCUUACAAAUCAGGUAUCUUUGCUAUAGAAUCACAACAGUUCAGCCCCCUUCAAAUACGCGACUUCGUUAUCGAAAAGGUUGAUAGCGAGCUUGAUCUUAUCAAUGCCGUCAUCGACACCGUCUUGGAUUUAGAUCCAGACAUCGUUGUCGGCUGGGACGUACAGCUCUUUUCUUGGGGAUAUUUUUCUGCUAGGGCGGCGGUAUAUGGCCUUGAGGUCUCUGAGUUGAUUUCGCGCGCCACACUACCAGGUCGAAGAAGCGGUUCUCUCCAGUGGGACACUCGGAAGACUUCCACCUUUAAGGCUGCAGGUCGUCAUGUUCUUAAUGUUUGGAGAGUUAUGCGUUCGGAACAGAAUUUGAGUUCAUACACUUUCGAGAACGUGGUUUUCAAUGUUCUUCGACAAAGGACUCCUCAUUAUUCAUCCUCUACUCUUACCAAUUGGUACCGGGGCGAAAGACCUAUGCAACUGGGCAUGUUAUUUCGCUAUUUUUCGUCUCGAACAUCAAUGGUACUCGACAUCCUAAAGUCCGUCGACGUCAUUACCAAAACCGCAGAAUUUGCCCGGGUGUUCGGCGUAGAUUUUUUCUCUGUCAUCAGUCGUGGCUCUCAGUUCAAAGUCGAAUCGUUUAUGUUUCGUAUUGCCAAACCAGAGAGCUUUGUUUUAAUUUCACCCAGUAAAGCUGACGUGGGGAAACAAAAUGCUGCUGAAUGCAUGCCUCUGAUAAUGGAACCCCAGUCGGCAUUUUAUACCAGCCCUGUCGUUGUGCUUGACUUUCAAUCCUUAUACCCUUCUAUCAUGAUAGCAUAUAAUUAUUGUUAUUCUACAUGCCUAGGAAGAAUAAUCGACUUCCAAGGACGAAAUAAAUUCGGUGUCACGGACCUCGAACGUACACCGGGUUUGCUGGAAAAACUUCGGGAUCAUAUCGAAGUUGCAGCAAAUGGUAUCAUAUAUGUCAAACCUGAAGUCCGCAAAGGCUUGCUCGGCCGUAUGCUGGUCGAGUUACUAGAAACACGAGUAAUGGUUAAGCAAGCCAUGAAAGGUGUCAAGGAAGAUAAGGCCCUGAGGCGCAUUCUGGAUGCUCGACAGCUGGGACUGAAGUACAUCGCCAAUGUUACGUAUGGUUACACCAGCGCGACAUUCUCUGGUCGAAUGCCUGCUGUCGAGAUCGCGGACAGCAUUGUUCAAAGCGGCCGCGAAACGCUCGAAAAGGCUAUUAUGCUUAUCGAUUCGACUCCUAAAUGGGGCGCUAAAGUCGUUUAUGGCGAUACAGACAGUGUUUUUAUGUUGGCGGAUCAAUUUGCCUCCCUGAUAGCAUUUACUUACAAAUUUACUAGUUAUUUGCAUGGAAAGACCAAAGAACAGGCGUUUCGCAUCGGACAAGACAUCGCUGACACCAUUACAGCUCUGAACCCUGCCCCCAUCAAGCUGAAGUUUGAGAAGGUAUACCUUCCAUGUGUCCUAAUGGCCAAGAAGCGUUAUGUGGGGUAUAAAUACGAGAGUAUAGAUGAAACAGAGCCUACCUUUGACGCGAAAGGUAUCGAGACCGUCCGUCGGGAUGGUGUUCCUGCCCAACAGAAGAUGACCGAAACCUGUUUAAAGAUCCUCUUUCGCACUCAAGACCUCAGCAAGGUUAAAGACUACUGUUGCAGGUCAUGGUCGAAAUUGCUGGGAAACAGGGCAUCGGUUCAGGACUUCAUAUUUGCGAAGGAAGUCCGUAUGGGAACAUACAGCGACAAAGUUCCACCGCCGCCGGGCGCAGCCGUAGCAGCGAGACGUACACUACUGGAUCCACAUCACGAAGCGCAAUACGGAGAGCGCGUACCGUACGUGAUCUCCCGGGGACCCCCUAAUACACGACUUGUAGAUCGAGCAAUGGAGCCUCUCGACCUGCUGAAUAACCCUCAUGCCUCCCUUGAUGCAGAAUACUACAUAUCGCGAGUGCUCAUUCCACCUUUGGAACGAAUCUUCAACUUGGUAGGCGCAAACGUACGACAGUGGUAUGAUGACAUGCCCAAGUUAAAGCCUGUUGGAGAGCGUCCUGCUUCACCGUCGAAAAAGAAGCCCGAACCCGAAACCAUCGAACGACUGAAUAUCGACGAGCAUUUUGGCAGUUCGCUGUGUCUCACAUGUGGUUCAUAUGCACCGGAAGGUGGAUCAGAAUUACCUGAUUCCGCAGCAUUGCAACUAAAUAUUCUGACAGGAAUCUGCGACGUAUGCCGUAUGGAUACUCGAGCCACUAUGGCCGGCGUCCUGAAUCGCAUCAAUAUGAUCGAAAAGCGGUUCUUGGAUACACAGAAAGUCUGUGCUUCGUGUGCACAGAUGCCUGGAAGCGAAGAUAUACGCUGUGAAUCAUUGGAUUGCCCCUGGUUGUUUGCGAGGAAGAAAGCAGAGAGCAAGCUGAACACGCUAGAUACACUUAAGGAUUUGGUACAUGACUUGCAGCUAGAUGCUUUGGAAGACGAAGAAGCCGAAAUAAACGAAUUGAGUUGA